AUACGCAUGUCAAUGCCCUGAACAAUAUAAGUUGUAUUUGUAUUCAAAAAUGAACAGGUUUGGUACAUUCAUUCCUGUGUACUGACGUCAUAGAUUUAUGGCCUCGCAUAAAAGGAAUUAUCAGAGCGGUUAGGACACUUUCAUAUCCAUUAGAAUCAAGGUAUUAUACAAACAAGCAAAAACACGUAUCGCCAUUUUGAGCAGCAAACCAGUGGUGUGUUUAUCGAUCGAAGAGCCUGAGCAUGAGGUUGUAACUAAACUUUGCUCAUAUUGAUCCUCACGAGCAGCAGAUCAGGGUCGUCUUGACACACAAUACUCAUAUACGUCGAUGACACUAAUGUGGAUAGGUGACAUGUAUCAUAUGGCAUACUAUUGAAGUGUAUAGAAAGAUACAAUAUGGAGGAGGAUGACUGCAGUGUCUUGGUUGUCAAAUCGAGUGAAGAUUCGAAACAGAAGGGUAGCGAUAAUACAGAGAGUUACCGUGCCCCAGAUAAUUUAACACCAGAGAUCAUGUUAACACUAAAUCAAAAUGAACAGACGCAAGAGUUAACUGCUACUAAUAAAAAUGAGAACUGUGUCGUCGACGGAAAUGCUAAUAAUAAAAACAUGAACCAGAAAGAAGAAAAUAAUAGGAAUAAUCAGAAAUCAUCAAGCGAGGAGAACGAUGUGUCAAAAUCGAGCGUUACCAAUCAAACUGGAUAUAUAAGUAAGUCUGAGGCUGAGGUCGUGGCGCAGCAAUUAAAAGUGGACGACAGUGCACAACCUACACCAUCUCAUGCCCAACUUGUUAAAGAAGGACAUGAUGAUACAAUAGAUGUAUCGACAUGCCAGGCUCUAUCCCCUACCGCUGAAAAACCACAAAAAACUCUGGAUAUUGUUCGAAAAGCUUUGACCUCUGAUAUUCAUAAUCCGAUGAAUUUCGUCCACAGCCUCAUUGAAUCCAACGUCCGAUCGUACAAGCCUGAUGUUUCUCCAGAGCAAGACAACUCGGUGAUAAUAUUGAAUGGACCAGAGAUUACAAAAGGUAAUGGCGAUGAACGAACAAAACAUGUGGAAACUCCAACGCAUUCAAUCACCGUCGAAAAGGUAACCCCUACAACAGAUCCAUCGGGUAAACUCAUCCGUAGUAUAUCUUGGCAACCUCCUGUCAAUAGCGAGUCGACACUAAACGCCAGAUCACAACCUGCAAUUAAACGGCAGCUUCAACACGAGGAUAUUAUUCAUCAGGCAAUCAUGCGUUGUAUCUCAGAGUCAACUGAUGAUAUCGAUAAGGUAGAACUUCCACCUGUUAAAAGAGAAUCAAACAAAAGAAGGGCAUCUGAGUCCAUUGAACCAACUGCAGCCGACAACAGCAGUCAAUAUACUACUGAUCAGCCAACCCAGUUUUUGAACUACCAUGCUAAUCGUGAGGCUGUAGUUCCCCAUGAAAUGCGUCAGUGGGGAGAUAUGAAUACUAUACAUCACACGCCGGGUGGCCAGCUACAGCAUAGGAUUGCACCACCGCCGCCUAUGAAACAACAAAAAACAAUGACCGCUCAUCCUUUCAGAGGUGCUCCUGUGCAGGGACAUUUUUACAAUAAUAGAUCAAAUCCUCAGCAACAGAUGCCAUAUUUUCAAGUUCCUCAAGUACAAGGAGAACGUUUUCCAGUAGAUCAAAGAACGUCGGCCCCUUUCCAAGGUCAGUACAAACCGAUGUAUGUACAGAAUAAUCAAGCCAGUCCGAACAAGCAGCCACGGCUCCAACCACUCCGUGAAAUGACUCAAACUUUUCCUAUCAAGGCGGAGAAAAAACCAUUUCAAAAUCAAAGACAAAAUGGACAAUGUAACUUCCCUCCAAAUGUUGAAUGUGUCGAACAAUCAUACAAGCGAGAGGAUGCAGAACGACCAAAUCUUCCCAAUAAGGCAAAUUGUCCGUUUGAUUUGAUUGAAAAUCUAACCAGUAUAGAACAGAGACUAAUGUACCUCUCAUUUUUUGUGAAGAACCUACAGAUAGCUCUGUUUGAUACGAAAAAUUUUAAGAUGUUGUUGGCCAAUAUGAACAGUAGAGGACCAGUUCCUGAGAACAAUUCAUCGCUUAACACGAUGCCUAUUUUGGAGCAAAUAAAAUGGUCAGAAGAAGAAGUGAUACGCCUCUCUGCAUGUGUUCGGAACUGCAAGGACUAUGCAAUCAGAGCUCAACAUGAAACACCAAACAAUGGAGAGGUCGCAGGGACAGGAAUUCAGGGCGUCAAACAAACACAACCAUAUCAACCCCAAACUGCUAUGAAACAAAAAGUGCCUCCUCAACUACAACCAACCAUGUUUGGACCUACGAGUGUUAAACCUUCCGCGAUUCCAGAAAAGCCCUUAGAUCUGACCGUGAAAGUAAAAACAUCAACUGAGAACAGUGUAUUGAAAGAAAGCUCAAAAACUACUUCAAUCAUUCCGAUGAAUAAGUGGAAUUAUGAUCAAGUUUAUAGAUUUGUGGCAUCUGUUCCUCUCUGCAGCCCAUAUGCUCAGGAAUUUAUAAACCACUCCAUCGAUGGUGCUACUCUGAUGCAUCUGAAUGAAGAUCACCUGGUCAAGUUAUUAGGGUCAAAAAUAGGACCUGCCAUAAAGUUGAAACUAGCCAUCAAAGAGAUUUGCAGUGCCAUUGAAUCCGGGAAUUAAACGGAGAAAAAUCACAAUUUAACCAAACGUACAUCUAAUGUGCGUCACGAUGUAAUCUCCGACAAAUAACAUAACCUAUAAACUUCUCGUAUCUGUGACUCCUCGGAACCCAACAUGACUUGACAGGACACGUGGGGGAUUGGUGCACAUAUUCUUCUUAUUAUUAUUAUGAGCUUUAUUAUACUGUUAUACUUGUAUCCCCACUUUGGGCAAGUUGUACAGCUUAUACAGAAAUAAAUAAAUUGAAAAAGCUUAACUAAUUAUACAUAUUAACUAACUAAGGGGUGCUUGAUCAUUGCAAGAUUUUAUUGGAUGCAUUGCGUGGUUUUAUCUCUCGAUAUUUGAUAUAUAUUUUGCGAGUA